AUGAUUGAACACGAACAGAUUUCAAAUAGAACCUCGAUGAAGAAAUAUCUAGCCACGAACGUCUGGCCAUUUUCAAAAUUGUACAAAGAAAAAACAAUAAUGCGAUUUAGAACAGCAAGGGGAGAAGGAUGGUCGUUUAUACUUCAUUUUCGCUGGAACCGAAAGAAACGUGAUACCAAUCGCCAUGUGCUUCUUUUACAUAGUUAUUCAAAUUUAAAUAUGCCAAAAGAGCAAUGUUUUGGUUCUGAUAAUAAUCACCUAUGUAUUUACAUGGGUGGACUUAGUAGCGGGUUUAACUCGUGCGGUUACGAAGUAUGUGGUUACGGGAAGCAAGUAGCCACUCUUUAUGGAUACGGUGAAACGAGAAUGAUGCGAGAUGAGAUGGAUCCGGGAACUAGCGGAGACGGUUUUUCCAUGCAGCACAGAAUGCUGGAUUUGAUACUGAUAAUGAAGACCAUCAUCAAGAAUUGUUGGGCGCCAUGUAAGUCGACGAGUAGUGAUGCUGGUAAUACGAAUAUGGACGCAUUAAGUAAUGAUGAGCUCAUUUCUCAAUAUAUCUGCGAAUAUAAAAAUGUCGGAGUAUAA